AUGCAGCACCGAGGCUUCCUCCUUCUCACCCUCCUCGCCCUGCGGGCGCUCACCUCUGCAGUGGCCAAACAGAAAGACAAGGUGAAGAAGGGCGGCCCGUGGAGCGAGCGUGCGGAGUGGGCCUGGGGGCCCUGCACCCCCAGCAACAAGGAUUGCAGCGUGGGUUUCCGCGAGGGCACCUGCGGGGCCCAGACCCAGCGCAUCCGGUGCAGGGUGCCCUGCAAAUGGAAGAAGGAGUUUGAAGCCGACUGCAAGUACAAGUUUGAGAACUGGGGUGCGUGUGAUGGGGGCACAGGCACCAAAGUCCGCCAAGGCACCAUGAAGAAGGCGCGCUACAAUGCCCAGUGCCAGGAGACUAUCCGCGUCACCAAGCCCUGCACCCCCAAGACCAAAGCCAAGGCCAAAGCCAAGAAAGGGAAGGGAAAGGACUAG